AUGAAACUUGCAGUCACAGUAUUGACAUCAAUUCUGUUUACUUGCUCUUUUACUACAGCCAAUCCAGUCAAUCCCAGUGCAACUACAACUACAAGUGCUGGAACUAGCACUUCAACCGUCAUUCCCACUGCAACUGCAAGUACUGAAUCUGGGCUUUGGGCAGCUUCUAAUGAAGAAACUACAAAUUUAGUUGAUAUGAGCCAACUUUCAGAAAGUGAUUUAAGCUUAAUCGAAGAUUGCCUACAAAUGGAGCAAGAAUAUGAAGAUAUGAAAAAAGCGUAUGACUUGGCCAAAUCUGAAGAGCUUGAUCAAAGAAUAUUAGUAGAACGGCUGAAUAAGAAACAUGCGAAGCUGUUACGUAAACCUCGGAAAAACAAGAAUAAUCCAGUAUAUAAAAAAGAGCUUAAAAAUUCUAGACUGAAGCUUCAACAAGAGAGAAAAAAACUCAAAGAGCUUGAAAAAAAGUGUCAAAAACUCUAUCACGAUUUUUUCACCUUUGGUUUGAAAUUGUAUUCCAACAAAGAAAAUCUUGCAGAGCGUUUGUUUGAAGAUCUGGAUUUAGAACUAAUCCUUUCUCACAUGCAAUUUCUGGAAUUAAAUCGUGAUUUUGUUCAAGGCAUAUACGAAUCUCUUAAUCUCAUAAUGAACCAACAGUCAGGAUCUGAGCAAACCUCCACUAGUGGGAGCCAGAGUUCAUCACAAUAUCAUGAAAGUCCAUCAUCUGAGCCGCUAACUGAGGAACCGUUAUUCGAGGAACCGUCAUCCGAGGAAACAGAUAUACCUAUAGCCCAGCCCGUUCAAGUAACUUCCAGUUUAGGGUGGUUAUUCCAAUAUGUGGAAAACCUUUUAAAUUUAGAAGUAGGGCAGCCCAGACGUGACGAUCCAUCCAAUUGA